GCAAGCCAAAAAUCCUGAUGGGAGAAUCGAACGCCUUCCUUCCCUGGCCAGUGAUACCGGUACUGCCGCCGAGCCGAAACGGAAAAGGCAGAAACUGGCCCAUCCUGAAGAUGAGAUCUUGUUUCAAUUGUUGUUGGGCCGAGAAGAUGUUUGGGUUGGAAAGAUCCUCCCAUUCGUGGGGAUGGGACACUAUGCCUAUGUUGGGGCUGUCAACAAGCAAGUAACUCAAUCAGCUCUACAAGGAGUAUUGCGACACAGUCAAAAACCCUCCAUUAGUGCACAUCUGGCAUCAUCCAUUAGUUACCUGUGGAGCAACCCGUACCACCACAUUCUACAGAAUGGCAUUCUUCGAUGAGGCCUGUGCUGAACACUGGUACCAGGACAACUCCAGAAGCAAAACGCCAAUACCUGAUCAUGUGUGUCAAGAAAUUGCCCAUAUUGGAAGCUUACCUGUCAUGAAAUGGGCACGAGAGAAAGAAUUUCCAUGGGAUGGAGAUGUAUGCAAGGCAGCAGCUAAAAAUGGCCAUCUGGAACUACUCAAGUGGACUCGUCAGAAUGGAUGCCCGUGGGAUGGUCGUACAUGCCAUGCUGCAGCUAAAAAUGGCCACUUGGAUACCCUCAAGUGGGCUCAUGAGAACGGAUGCCCCUUGGAGCAGUGGUCAAUGUGCUCCAGUGCUGCCAAAGGUGGUAAUGUGGAAAUUCUCAAAUGGGUACGGGAAAAGGGGUGCCGGUGGAGUACCUAUACGUGUUCUUCGGCUGCUUCUUGCGGCAAGCUAGAAUGUCUCAUGUGGGCAAGAGCACAUGGAUGCCCUUGGGGAAUACACACAUGUCACAAAGCUGCUGAACAUGGCCAUUUGGAAAUCCUAAAGUGGGCUCAUGAGAAUGGAUGCCCGUGGGAUGAAGACACAUGUCAACAUGCAGCUGAAGGCGGACAUUUGGAAGUUCUCAAGUGGCUCAGAGAGAAUGGAUGCCCAUGGGCUUCAACAACAUGCGAGGUUGCUGCUGAACAUGGCCAUUUGGAAAUCCUAAAGUAUGCCCAUGAGAAUGGAUGCCCAUGGGAUGCAGUCACAUGUUGCAUGGCUGCUGUUGGUGGGCAUGUGGAAGUUCUCAAGUGGGCCAGAGAGAAUGGAUGCCCAUGGGACUCAAGGACGUGCACUGCUGCUGUUGAGCAUGUAAAUCCGGUAUGCCUGAAAUGGGCACAUGAAAACGGCUGUACUUGGGAUGAAGAGACAUGCAAUACUGCUGCUGAAAAUGGGUAUCUUGAGAUUUUCAAGUGGCUUCAUGAGAAGGGAUGCCCAUGGAACGCAGACACAUGUGCUGUUGCUGCUAGACAUGGGCAUCUGGCAAUCCUAAAAUGGGCUCAUGAAAAUGGGUGUCCUUGGGAUGAAGAGACAUGUGCUGCUGCUGCUGCUGCUGACUGUGAGUAUCAUGACAUUUUUAAUUACGCUCGUGAGAAUGGUUGCCCAGUGCCAAGAUAUCUCGAACGAUGGGGUGAAAUGGAUGGGCGUUUUCUAGGACACUAGCUAGCUAGCAGCAAUGACCAGUAGCUGCAUUGUUUAAGCUGAAGCAGCGUUUUCAUCCUCUACAAACGUUAGCCAGAGCCGACAUCAGUAGCUCGUAGGCCAAGACUAUAGACUACUAGUACUUGUUAUAAUAGGUUGAAAGCAUUUUAUAAACAUGGCACAUAAGAAAUGGAUUUCGUUUCCAUUCUAAUUCAUCUGAACCGAAUUUGCACCGAUAUUAUCCUCAGGUAAGGGGCGGGCAGGCACAAUUUCUGCAGCCGCACAGCGACGACGAGCAAGAAAAGGCAAAGACAUCCAAGAAGCAAAGUCCAGAGGGGAUUCGUCCUGCC